GGAUGCAGGGAAAGAAAAAAGUUUAAAAAAGAAGAAAAGUCCGCGUGCGCUCUGGUGAUCGACGCGCAGGUGAGGCUGUGCAUGCGCGCGGAGCGGAGCGCGCGGCCGUGGUCCUUCCUGCAUUCCGAGCGCAGGGGCGUGCUGGGGCCGGUCGAGCUGUUGUCUAUGAGGAAGUAGCUGUCACAGGUCCUAGGAGGAGAAACACGAGGGGGCGUGGCCUCACGCUGCGUGCAGGUAGACCGGACAUAAAAGUCCCGAUCCAGGUCUGGAGGCGGGGGGGCACCGAGCUGCUCAGAUCCAGUGAGACCAUGACGGGGACGCUGCUGCCGCUGUGGGUCCUCAUCCUCACCGCCUCGCUGCAGCCCGCAGAAAGCCACGGCCACGACUUUGAGGAGGUGAAGGCCUACGAGGUGGUCCGGCCCGUCAGGCUGCACUCCGUCAGCAGGAGACAUGCAGAGCAUCUCAGGCCAGAGACCGUCAGGUACGCGAUGACGGUGGGAGGACGACACAUCGAGAUGCGACUAGAAAGAAAUCGUGAACUGCUCCCCAAAGUCUACACGGAGACCUACUACCUCGCCAACGGGACUCGAGUCACCGCGGCGCCGGAGGACGUCGACCACUGCUACUACCACGGGAGCAUCGGGAACGACAGCCAGUCGUCCGUCAGCAUCAGCACCUGCGACGGCCUCAGCGGUUACUUCCGCGUGUCGGCCCAGAGGUACCUGAUCGAGCCUCUGUCUGGCGGCGACGAGGGCGACCACGGGGUGACGACUCUGGGCGACGGGGGGGCGUCCGCGCCCGCCAUGUGCGGCGUCACCAACACCAGCUGGAGCGACGACUUCGAACCCCCGACGAGCCGGAGCCGCUCCAGAUCAGCGGGUGUAUCGAUGGUCCAGAAACAGAAGUACAUCGAGCUCUUCCUUGUUGCUGAUAAUCGAGAGUACGAGAAGAUGGCGCGAGAUAAGACCAAGCUGAGACGGAGGAUAUUUGAAAUUGUCAACUUUGUCAACAUGGUGUACAAGCCGCUGAGGACCUUCAUUGCCCUGGUGGGGCUGGAGGUCUGGUCCGCCCAGGACCUGAUCCACGUGAGCCGCCCGGCCGGGGCCAACCUGGACGCCUUCAUGAAGUGGAGGAACUCUGUGCUGGUGAAAAGGAAGAAGCACGACAACGCACACCUCAUCAGCGGUAUCGACUUUGAGGGCGCCACCGUGGGAUUGGCUUACAUCGCGACUCUGUGCUCGGGUCACUCCGUUGGAAUAAUCCAGGAUCACAAUGCCAGGGCCGUGGCGGUGGGGGCCACGCUGGCCCACGAGAUGGGCCACAACCUGGGCAUGAGCCACGACGACUCCAGCAUCUGUGCCUGCUCUGGGGACAGCUGCAUCAUGGCGGCAGCACUCAGCUGGAACGUUCCUCGGACCUUCAGCAGCUGCAGCAGCAGCGACUACGAGAGGUACCUGCUGAGCCGCGGGCCCGACUGCAUGCUGGACCGACCCGACUACCGGGCCCUGGAGACGCCGCCGCUGUGCGGCAACGGCUUCGUGGAGGAAGGGGAGCGGUGCGACUGCGGCGGCGCGGAGGAGUGCACCAACCCCUGCUGCAACGCCACCGCCUGCACCCUGAGGGAGGGGGCCCAGUGCGCCGAGGGGGAGUGCUGCGAGGACUGCAAGGUCCUGCCCACGUCCCGGGAGUGCCGCAGGAGCCGUGACGUCUGCGACCUGGCGGAGUUCUGCGACGGGGCGAGCGCCGUCUGUCCCGAGAACAACUUCGCCGUGAACGGCCUGCCGUGCGACGGCGCCCGGGGACACUGCUACGACGGCCGCUGUCCCCAGAGGCCGGACCAGUGCGUCAAAAUGUACGGAGCGGGUGCCGUGGAGGCCCGGUCGUUCUGCUACAAGCAGAACGCCAGAGGACUUUACUACGGCUACUGCAGGCGCCCCGAUAAGGACCGCUUCAUGCCCUGCCAGGAGCAAGACGUGCUUUGCGGGAAGCUCUUCUGCCACGGCGGUAGCGACAACCCAAACUACGGCCGCAAGGUGACUCUGAGCGACUGCAAGGCGGCGCUCUUUGGUGACCACACCAAGGACUACGGCCAGGUGGACGCCGGCUCCACGUGUGGGGAUGGAAAGGUGUGCAGCCAGAACCAGUGUGUGGCGCUUGAGACGGCGUACAGAAAUAUAAACUGCUCAGCGGAAUGCGCGGGCCACGCUGUGUGUAAUCACCGGAGCGAGUGUCAGUGUGAGGCCGGCUGGGCGGCGCCGGCCUGCGACGCCAACGCCUCCAACGCCGUUUCCGCCGGAGGCAUCGCCGCCAUCGUGGUGGUGGUCGUCCUCGUGGCUCUGGGCGCCGCCGCCGCUGUGGUGGGGCUCCUGUGGAAGAGGCGGCAAAGCCCGGCGCCGCCCAGCGGCGCCCAGAGGAAGCAGCCGGCCGCGGACGGCGCCGCCCGCCGCCUCAACAAAGCGCCGCCGCCGAGCCAACCCUCGCCGGCGCAGGCUGCGAGGCUGAAACCCAAAGGAGCCCCGCCUCCGCCGCCGCCGGCAGGGAACCGACCGAAGCCGCCGGGCCAGAACUACACCGCCGCACGCCAGGCUCUGAGGCCGGUGCCUCCACCGAAGGCGUGACGACUGAUGCAGCGCCCCCUGCUGGUGAACCAGGGGAGACGCACCGUAGUCCGUCAACCCCCAACGAGCCGGUGGUCCGGACCGGUUUCUCCUCGAGGCGCCGGGUCCCGCUCGUGCGCAGCAGGAACCAACUGGACUUUGAAAGCACCAUCCAUCCGUUAUCGGCCGCGUAUUCCGGGGUCGGGUCGGUCGAAAGUACCGACUGGAUUUAAUUGUUUGAAAGUAUUCUGCGGCGAUUUCAUAUUUUUAUCGUCCAAAAUAUCGUGAACCCCUUCGAUGAACUUGGUUUCACAUUUCUGGAACUUUCUGAUGAAUCUUAGUGAGAUCGAGUAGAACUACAGACUGAAAGAGUUCAAAUGGACCGUCGGUGAUUGUUCUGCUCUUGACUCACGUAUUCCGCUUUAAAAAUAUAUAAAUACUAUGAAAUAAGAAGACAUGGAAGAUACAUGUUUCCAAUUUAAAUGACAUGUUUUAACCACUUUUACAGGAAAGACUCUGGGCGUUUACAAUCAGCAGACUGCUUUAGGAGUAACAGGAUAGGUCGACUCCCUCGCUGCUCGGCAACCUGCGCUCAAUGUCCAGGUGUUGCUUUAGUUUCAUUUCUUUCCCUCGGCCUAAACGUCUCACUGGAACAAGUUAACAGCGGUUGGAUGUAUCUGAAAACCCCAACGCCGUGUUCCUGAAGCUUUCAGGGCUUUGGCUGAAUGUUACUCCUCUGCUUUACCAGCUCUCGAGCAAGGCAUUACACGAAUGUCUACCGUCAGGCUAAAACGCUUCAUGUCAAUUUGUGAUUGAAAAUAAACCUAUUUUGUACAAAUG